AUGUCCAACUCAAGCCAUCUUCAACUUGAAGUUCCAGUUCAACCGACGAUGGAAAACGGGUCUCCAUCCUAUCAGAAUUUGUUUGUUCUGGGCGCAGAAAUCCCCCGUUUUGCCAUCUCGUAUCGCUGGUGGGAGGAUGAAGCCACCACGGUUCUAUGGGCUUUCAACAUCCCCGAAAUCAGUCAAGUUAUCCGAUACAGAUUGUUUCGGGAUGAUAAUUCCCCGAGAAAUUCUCUCAUGAGCCGUAAUGCGGAUACUAUUGAAGCGUUCUUGGUCUCGUUGUGUGAACCGCGGGAUCAACAGCUUCUCUCUACUCUGUCUCAUAUGCAAAGAGUGGAAGAGAUCCUGCGUCGCUCAAGUAUACCUCCAUUUCGACCUAUUCCAUGGAGCUGGUUCCCGCCUUUACCGGACCACUCACUGGAUGCGCGGAGUAUUGCAGCGACUAUUGAGACAGAGAGCCAUUUCCAGUUCACCAAGAUUGAAUUUGAGGAACUCGUUCGUGCAGCUCUGGGAUACAAUGCACCUUCGAUAGAGUGGUUUUUGUUACAGCAUACUGCUCUAUACAUUCAUCUCAAGGACCACCUACAGGCAUUUCCAGAGGAGACUCCUAUCUACGUAGAAGUGGAGAAGCAUUUACGUUCUCGAAGCCCGUUUGCUCGUCGUGCUAUAAUAAAAUGCUUGCAGGAUCUCAUACCAGAGGUAGCUGACAGCAUUCCAUAUUCGAAAAAGCCAGGCUUCGAGUUCAUCGCUCAGCCCAUUCAAACUCUUUUUAGCCGGCCAAACAGCUUGACAACUAUUCUCAAGGUAUUUAGCGUGCUGGGAGUUCGAUUCCGUCGACAUUAUAAUCAUGCCUCCAAAAUGGACUGGCAUACUCAAUUCGACACCACGAUCCUCUUCUUAGAAGAAUGUAUAGGAUCGACAUCUGCAACGGACCUUGCUCGGACCUUGACAGGUACUGAUGAGUAUGACUUCGCGUCACUUUCUCGACAAGGCAUCAUGACCGGAGACGCGACAGUAAAAUCGCUGUUAUCCAACUGGCAAACCCUCAGUAUAUCAGUCUGGGAGUGCUGCACCGCCUUGCCAGACCUGAUUCCUUAUUUAGGGGAAUGUGCAAAGGACCUCCUCCCAAAGCGAAACUACCACUCGCUCACAGCAAUUCUCAAUGGUUUACAUAUGCACGCCAUCGCAACCGCUCCAUCCCGCGGCUUAAACAGUACUAUCGGUGGAAUGGUCGUUCUAGACCCUCUCCUCCCACCAGAGACAAUCUUCCUAACAAACCCAUCCCAUAACUAUGCCACAUACCGGCAAUACUACCGUGAGAACCCGGGUCUCCCUUUCCUUUUCCCACAUCUCCGUGAAUACCAGCAACAAGGAGAACCGGCAAUCCAACCUCUUCUCGAUUACUUGCAGAAUCCACUUGCGUUUUCGCGAGGCGAGUGGUGA